AUGGCUGUUGAUUUUUGUAAAUUUAAUGUUGAUGGUGCACUCAAUAUGUCUUCGGGGACCCGUGGUGGUGGUAUGGUGGUGCGUGAUUCAGUGGGCUGUUUCUAUGAUGCAGUUGCAUUGCGUGCUCCCAGUUUGCUGUAUGUCCUAGCCACUAAGUUAUAUGCGUUAAAGUUUGGGAUUUCCUUUGCGAUUGAUGCAUCUUUUUUUCCCUUGGUUAUUGAGACCAACUCUUUAUCUGCAACCCACUUUAUUCUCAAGGAUGAGGUAUGCUAUGCGGCGGAAAGGGUUCUGGUGGAGGACAUCCAUCACCUCUUGGCUUCAGUGUCGUCAUGUUUUGUUCACUAUGUUCCCUGGACUGCUAGUGGAGUUGCAUAUCAUAUUGCAUGUUUUAGCCUUAGUCAGGACGAUCUAUCUUUUUGGUUUGAGGAGCCACCCUCUUUGUUGUGGGACUGUCCUGAUAGUUUUGGUGAUGUUUGA